AUGACCGGAGGUUGUAGCAUCAGAGCCAUCUGGAUCCUCAACCGUCUCGACGCCGUCGUUUUCUCCAGGAGGUUUCCGGUGGUAGAGAAGCGGUGGAGGGGAACUUGCAAGAGUGAAAACGAGACCUCUACCGAGGGUGAUCUUAAUUACAGAGUAUUUACUUCACUUCCUAGUGAUUCAGAGUUAGCUGCUGCAUUUGUAGAUAGAAAGAGAAGGGAGGGGUCUCUUCGUGGGUUUGGGGUACGUCUGAGUCAGUCAGCUGAGGGCUCGGAUUCUUGGCUUGAUGAUCCUAUUACACGUCAUAUAAUAGGAAUUUAUAUAAACAAAGAAGAGGACGGUGAUAGUAAUGUGCUAUGGCCUUUAAUCUUGCACACAAAGGGCCAUUAUGUCAUCCUUGUAUUUCCGUUGGUGGAGCCCAGACAUCUGAAGGCGUACGUGACAUUAUGUAAUAGAUCUGAUUGUGGCAUUGCUGUUGGAGUGGAGGACAGUAUAUCUUCCAUUCUGCUUGAUCUUCCGUCCAUCACAGGUGCAUUUAUGGUGGCACAUGCUAUUGGUGACAUAAUAACUGGCGAUGUGGGGGAACCUGAGGUGGUUGUAAGUGCAUCUCCAUCUGUGGGUGGGCUGUUAGAUUCACUAACUGGCAGUAUAGGGAUAUCAAGCAUCUCCUCGAGGGCGAAACCUGUAGCUGCACCAGUUGCAUCCUCAACCCCUUCCAGUGGUGCUGUGACAGGAACUGUUACAUCAGAUGCUCACAGGACUGGUUCUAGGACUUUAGAUAAAGAUGCACUUCGAACUUUCAUAAGUAGUUCAAUGCCCUUUGGAACACCGUUGGAUUUGAGCUUCCCCAAUAUUAUUUCCAUUAAGGUUAAUGGCUUUUCACAAUCAGAUCUUCCUCCAGCAGACCUCAAGCAACCAGCAUGGAAACCUUACCUAUACAGAGGAAGGCAGAGAAUGCUAUUCUCAGUUCAUGAGACUGUCCAUGCUGCUAUGUAUGACCGAGACGAGAUUCCAGAUAGUAUAUCAAUUUCUGGUCAAAUCAAUUGUCGAGCUGAUUUAGAAGGAUUGCCUGAUGUGUCCUUCCCCUUGAACGAUCACAUUGAAGUUUUAUCAUUUCAUCCUUGUGCUCAAGUUCCAGAAAAAGGUAUUGAUAAGCAAGCUGUGAUGUUUUCACCACCAUUAGGCAAUUUUGUUCUAAUGCGUUACGAAGCAGUCUGUGGUCUUGGACCUCCCAUAAAGGGAUUUUACCAAUUGUCGAUGGUCUCUGAAGAUAAAGGUGAUUUCUUAUUCAAACUGCGGCUAAUGGAUGGUUACAAAUCUCCUCUCACUAUGGAGUUUUGUACUGUGACUAUGCCUUUUCCGACAAGAAGGGUUGUAUCUUUUGAUGGCACUCCAUCAGUUGGAAUAGUUUCCACUACAGACCAUUCAGUGGAAUGGAAGAUUGUAAUGGGUGGGAGGGGACUCACCAAAAGUAUUGAGGCAACCUUCCCUGGGAAAGUUCAGUUUGCACCAUGGAAACCUAAAAAAUUACCUCCUAGUUCGGCCUUUGGAAGCAUAGCUGAUGAAGAUAGCGAUAUUGAGACCGAUGGUAACAAUAAUAGUAUGGUAAAUAUAGAUGAAUUCCUAAUGGAGAAAAUGAGCAAGGAUCUUCAGCCAGCUGAUUUGGAGGAGCCAUUUUGCUGGCAUGCAUACAAUUACGCCAAGGUGUCUUUCAAGAUUGUUGGGGCUUCCUUGUCUGGAAUAUCAAUUGAUCCAAAAUCGGUAAGCAUUUAUCCAGCUGUCAAAGCACCAGUGGAGUUCUCAACUCAGGUUACUUCUGGGGAUUAUAUUUUGUGGAAUACAUUGGGUAGGUGCCCAUCUGCUGCUGCUGCAACGAAAGGUCAACGACGUGUUCUUUGUCUAAUCGACUACACCCUGAUAUUGACUAAACCUGUUCUUUGUGUUUUAAAGUCCAAUGCUUAUGGUGGGACAAUUUUUGUCAACUUUGAGUCGUCCUGUUUCAGCAGUAUUCCAAGUCCAAGUGUAGUGGGACCGACACUUCGUUCAUAG